AUGAAGAGAAGGAUUCGCCAAGCUUUAGCAGCUAACAAGACGCGUAUUGGCCCCAAAAGAAGAGCAAAGCGAUUUCGCAAACGUGUACCUGAGGACAGGGUUUAUCCUACAUUCAUUUCGGUAGAUAUCAACGUUCCCGUAUCUCCAGAGACUGGGAGCCUGGGGGAGAAUCCUACCAGGUUCAAUACUGACACCGUACAAUACGAAGAGUCUGAUGAGUCUCGUGUAUCCAGAGUGAUGAACCCAGAUCCAUCGGAACCUAGUGAAGAUGGGAUCCUUGGGGUAGCUGUUAUCGCUGAGUUCAAGCCAGUGGGAGCAAGCUGUGUGGACAUUCAGUCUGCCACCCCUGCCUCUACCCACCCCGAUGUAUACUUCAAAGACCGGCCUGGUUCAUCAUUAUCGGGAGAUAACACAUUUUCAACGCCGCAGCGCGAACUUUCGUUCAAAAGAGUCUUUCCCAAGAAUUGGAACACCAAUUCUAUUGCUUCUGCAACCACCGGAUCUGCGCACAUGGCUCCGGACGCUUCCCAGCUUGUGUCUAUCAUGUGCAUCCCAAGCUCACCACCUUCUUCUAUUUCUUCCAAGCAGAACGUACGGCCGACUACGUUGUACACGGCUUCCACAGUGAGAAGCAAGCCCUUGGCUGGUGGGUCGGGUCAAAAUGAGAGCACUUCACAUUCGAAACUCCGGUCCGCUGCUCCCACUGUAGAAGAGCGCCAGAAUACACGCAGUUCCUCACGUUCAUCUCACUCUAAGGGCAAGCAUCCCCAGGCAGCCAAGAUCUUUGAUGUGUCUAAAGGUAUCCCACGUACAGAGACCCCUUCCACAAAUUCCCCGUUGGACAAGCGUUUGGGCACACCUAGUCUCUCGCGUUCAUCUCACGUGAAGGGUAAACGUUUUGGUAGGACCACCACUAUGACUGACAUAUCGACUCAAACUGAGAGGAACCCCCGUUCGAGCACACCUAUAGCUGUUCCUACAAUGGCAAAUCUUAUGAAAAGGCUUCCUCCCUCACAUUUCUCGCACUGGAAUGACAAACAUGACCAGGAUACCACGGCCUUGGCUAGUGUAUCGGCUCAUGCCGAGAAAACCUCACGUUCAAAACCCCGUUUUCCUAUGUCAAAGCAUCCGGAAGUCCCUCAUCUCUCCCAUGUAUCUCACUUGAACCGCAAACGUGACCAUGCUACCUCGACAAAUUCUAUCAAUGAUCAGAACCUCGAGAACUUGGUGCCUCUACCUUUGAACAUUCACAAGACGGGACAUGACCCCCUGUCCUACCGGGCACGCAUGGAAAGUCGAGAAAGCUCGUCAUCGAGCAAUACUGAGGACGAGAAGCCGGUUCGGACUGAGUGGCCUAUUGAGUGUCAUCCAGCUCCUUACUCUCUGGGUGAUCAUUUUAGCGAACAUGAAGACGCACCAUGGCUCUUGCCUGUUGACUCCGAUGAUAGCGAAGAGUAUAUUGAAUCUUCACCAUAUUCAGAGCCUCAACCGUGCCUUAUCUCACUCUGGGGGUAUUCUGAGGCCCAAAAGGCUGCACACCGGUCACCAACCAGCGAUGACCCCCGGGACAUGUAUCACCCUGGGUAUUCUUCAUACUCACACUAUUCGCAGAUCCAGUACGGCAGCAGCUCAACAGACUGGCAGAGUAAGCCCGCCAACAUAGUCCCGAAUAGCUCAGUUUACCCGCUGCAUACUAAGAACCCAAACCGGAACCGGAGAGAGGUAAAUGCCCAAUUCAUCCCACGGGAUGUCCUAGACAAAAUGCGAAAUGGCGCACUGCCGGACAGAACCCCCCAAAUGCCUGUUUUACCGAUGAAAAUAACACGCAAGCCAGUCCAUUCUCCAACUUCUUCUGGGUCUGCAACGAGGAACAGUCCCCAACAACAGACCAGUCGCCCGGUAUCCUACCGAGAAGACUGUAGAGAACACCAAACAAGACCCCAGACACUUCAAAGAUACCCACUAGAGGGAUCAUAUACCAUCAGGCAAGCUGAAGGCAACUUUGCCAGACGCGAACUCAAUCAGGGCACCGUGGCGAGGUAUGCCAGAUGCCUCAGCUCGCAACUUGCCGAUAACAAGACCCCAGAGCCCCAAGAAGCUCUACGACAGCUUAUUGCCACCGCGGCUCUGUGA